AUGGCCACCGACACCACGGCGGCGAGGUUCGACCCCUACACCGCGCGGCUACUGGCGCUGUUCCUCGCCUGGCAGGAGAAGAUUUGGGGCAAGCGGAAUUCGUUCGCCAUGUUCAAAGAGAUGGACACGUCGCGGAACAACAAGAUAAGUUUCGACAAGUUUUGCCGCGAGUGCGAGCUGAGGGGCUUCGGCCGCGCUGCCGAGCUCGCGCCGGUGCUGGACGUGGAGGACAGGAAGUACCUGAAGCACAAGGACUUCACGUGGGGGGACGUCUGGAGGCCGCCGGCGUGGAUCACCGCGAACCCCAACUGGGAGGACGCGGACCGGUUCAAGGAUGCCGUGCGGCGGCGGUACGGCCACAUGCUCAAGGCAUGGCGCAAGCUGCUGGACAGGGACGGCUCGACGACGUGCAGCUGGCAGGAAUUCCAG